AUAGGGUCCGGUAAAAUUUUGGCGAAUUGGAUCCAAUUAUCCGGAUGAAGUCCAUCGGCCACCAAGAGAAUCCACAACACAAAAACUUUGGACGGGCGACAUGGAGCGCUACGACGUGAUAUGGCGGCGGAGGCUCACCUGGGGUGGCUGUUGGGCCGAGGAGCCACCUUCGGCCACAUCAAGCAGCUGCACGCGAACCUCCUCACCACCGGCCUUUUCCGCCGCUCCCCUCCCCUGCGCACCACAUUCCUCGAGCUCUGCGCCCUCUCCCAGUUCGGCGACCUCGCCCACGCCCUCGCCGCCUUCCGCUCCAUCCCCCACCCCGCCACCACCACCAACGACUGGAACGCCGUCAUCCGCGGCAUCGCCGCCGGUCCCGACCCUUCCGGCGCCUUCGCCCUCUUUGCCCGCAUGCUCUCCCUCGCCUCCCCGCGCCCUGACGCACUCACCCUCUCCUUCGCCCUCCGCGCCACCUCCCGUUCCUCCGCCCUCCCCGCUGCCCUUCAGCUCCACGCCCUCACCCUUCGCUUCGGUCUCGUCGCCGACGAUCGUCUCGUCACCACCCUUCUCGACGCCUAUGCCAAGUGCUCCGCUCCCGAGGCUGCCCUCCAGGUGUUCGACGAGAUGCCCUUACGCGACGUCGCCACCUGGAACGCCCUCCUCACGGGCCUUGCCCUCGGCCCCCACCCCCAUACCGCUCUUGCCCUCUUCCACCGGAUGGUCUCCUCCUCCCUUCCCGAUCGCGAGACUCCCAACGAGAUUACCGUUGUCGCCGCCGCGUCUGCCUGCGCACAGCUUGGCUCCGCCCGGGAUGCCACCGCCAUCCACGACUUUGCCCGGCGGCGUGGCCUCGACGCCGAUGUCCGCGUCCGCAAUGCCCUAGUGGACGCCUACGCCAAGUGCGGCGCCCUGGACCGGGCGCUUGACGUCUUCCGCUCCACCCGCUCCAAGACCCUCGUCUCCUGGAACGCCGCUCUCAUGGCCCUCGCUAUGCACGGCCGCGGCGCCCUCGCGCUCCGCCUCUUCGAGACCGAGAUGCUCCGCUCCACCGUCGCCCCAGACGCCGUCACCUAUCUCGCCGUCCUCUGCGGCUGCGUCCAUGCCGGCCUCGUCGAGGACGGCCUCCGUAUCUUCUACUCCAUGCGUGGCGUCCGCCCCACGGCUAAGCACUACGGCGCCGUCGUGGACCUCCUCGGCCGGGCGGGCCGCUUGUCGGAGGCGCGCGACCUCGUCGACGCCAUGCCCAUGGCGCCGGACGUCGUACUCUGGCAGACGCUGCUGGGCGCGGCCCGCUCCCACGGCGACGUGGCCCUCGCAGAGCAAGCCGCCCGCAAGCUGGCGGAGAUGGGCUCCAAAGGGUGCGGCGACUACGUGCUUCUCUCCAAUGUGUACGCCGCCAAGGCCCGGUGGGGCGACGUGGGCCGCAUCCGCAACACCAUGCAGGGCAACGACGUGCGCAAGGUCCCAGGGUUCAGCUACACCGAGGUGGACGGCGCGCUGCACCGGUUCCUGAACGGCGACAGAGAGCACGAGCAGUGGAGGAAGAUCUACCGGACAUUGGAGGAGGUGGAGGCGAGGAUCAGGGCGCUGGGGCACGUGCCGGAGACGGCCCACGUGCUACACGACAUCGAGGAGGAGGACAAGGAGCGGGCGCUGUACCAGCACAGCGAGAAGCUGGCGAUGGCGUUCGGGAUCGCGGCGACGCCCGCGAGGGCGCCGAUCCAGGUGAUCAAGAACCUGCGCAUCUGCGGCGACUGCCACGCCGCCGCCAAGCUCAUCUCCAGGGCGUACGGCCGGGUGAUCACGGUCCGCGACCGGGCCAGGUUUCACCGGUUCGAGGGCGGGGAGUGCUCCUGCGGAGAUUACUGGUGAGCCAGCGACGUUAACACACGGGACAGCUCCUGUUGGUCCAGAGUUGCUGACCAUGGUCUUCUCCUCCACUAAUUGCGAGCACAUCUUUCACCUCAUUCUUGGACGAUCAAGAAUAGAGUUGGACCGGAGGGAGGGAAGCGAACUGCGCUCCUGAAGUGGAAGAGAGGGGGUGGAAAUCUAUAUGUAGGUGGAUAGGGUUGAGUGAGUAGGAAGACUGACAACAGAGGAAAGCAGGAAGAAAUACUCUAUUUAUCCGUAUCAAAUCGAGGAGAUAAUGUUGAUUAACUCACCAAAUCAUGUGGAGGGAAGGUUAAAGUCGUGCAUUCAAAUUC